AUGGCGAUCCCUCGACAGAAGCGCACCCUGCGCAUUCUGUGUUUCGGCGACAGCCUGACCGCGGGCUACUACAAUUACGGCACGGCAUACGAACCAUACAAGGAUGCUAUGAGUACCAAACUGUCAAAGGCCUUCCCCAACUUGCAGAUCGACACGGAGGAGGACGGUCUUUCCGGUGACCUCGUAAACAACCCCGGCGGUCGCUUUCUACGGCGGAUCGAGAAGCACUUUCCCAACAAGGACGGCGCACCAUCUCCGUACGACUGGACUAUCGUCCUGGGUGGCACAAACGAUCUCGCGUACCAGUUUACCCCCGAGAAGAUAUACGCUGCGCUGCAGCAGACGUGGGCGGUCCCGCUCUCGAAAGGCUGCAAGGUGCUGGCACUGACGGUGCCGGAGACGGGUGCCACGGGCCCGGCAAAGGAGAGGGCGGAUGCGAAAAGGAAUAGACUGAAUGACCUGAUCAAAGGGCACAAGGCUGACAACUUCUAUUCUUUCGACUUCAACGCCGUGUUUCCCUACUUCAACAUGCGGCCGGAGGAACGAGAGAAGUACUGGGAUGACGGUCUUCAUCUCACCGCAGACGGCUACAUGCUCAUGGGGGAGAAGAUCGCCGGGGCACUCAUCAAUAUCAUUAUGCCACCCGGACGCCUACAGAUGAAUGGAGAGCGGACGAGGAAGAGAAAGUUCAAGGACGACGACAAGACGUUCGAAGAGGAGCAUGGUGACGAUGCAGCGCUGGACCACGGUUACAUUGUCGUCCGAAGGAAAGACUUAGACUGA